CAAGGUCAAAUCCCCAAGUGCAUCUCCCAUCUUCCCAGACUUCACCCCUGGGGCAGCUGGAUCCUGAGGUCCCCCGAGAGGAACGAAGUUACUGAAGAGCCAGGCCUGGCUCUCAGGGAUGGAGGGUGGGGAGAGAGGAGGCCUGGAGAGUGGGCGAGGAAUGAAAAGAGGAGGUGGUUGGAAGGGCAGACAUCUGGGCUCGGGUGGAGGGCCCAAGGUGGGCAAGGAGCACAGAUGCCACGUGAGUCUUCUCCAUUCAUGACUCACCCUCUGUCCUCCUCCUCUUUAUUGCUCAACCCCAAAUCUCCCUGGGAAAUACCUCCCUGACUGGGGACCAAGUUAGUGCCUCACAGGGUAAUUGAGUCAUUAGGGGUGGAGAAGAGGAAGGGAGACGGAGGAUAAAUAGCAGCUUUGCCUCCCUGGCUCCUCUCUGCAUCCUCCCCACUUUCCCAACGACAUGCGUCUUGCCAGUUUGGUCAGCUCCUGCUCCCUCCUGCUGCUACUGGGGACUCUCCCUGGAUGGGCAGCCAAUGAUGACCCCAUCGAAAAGGUCAUUGAAGGGAUCAACCGAGGGCUGAGCAAUGCAGAGAGAGAGAUGGGCAAGGCCUUGGAAGGCAUCAAUAAUGGAAUCACUCAAGCUGGAAGGGAAGUAGAGAAAGUUUUUCAUGGACUCAACAACAUGGGGAACCAGGCCGGCAAGGAGCUGGACAAGGGCAUCCAGGGGCUCAACCAUGGCAUGGACAAGGUAGCCCACGACAUCAACCAUGGCAUCGGACAAGCAGGAAAGGAAGCAGAGAAGUUUGUCCAUGGGGCCAACUACGCUGCCGGACAGGUUGGGAAGGAGGCAGACAAAGUGAUUCAGGGGGCCCACCAUGGGGUCAGCCAGGUGGGAAGUGAGGCAGGGAGGUUUGGUCAGGGGGUCCACCAUGGGGUCAGUGAGGCUGGGAAGGAGGCAGAGAAGUUUGGUCAAGGGGUCCACCAUGGGAUCAACCAGGCAGGAAGAGAGGCAGAGAAGUUUGGUCAGGGGGUCCACCACGGGGUCAAUGAGGCCGGAAAAGAGGCAGAGAAGUUUGGUCAGGGUGUCCACCAUGCCGCUGGGCAGGCCGGGAAGGAGGUAGAGAAGUUUGGUCAAGGGGUCCACCAUGGGAUCAACCAAGCAGGAAGAGAGGCAGAGAAGUUUGGUCAGGGGGUCCACCAUGCCGCUGGGCAGGCCGGGAAGGAGGCGGAGAAGUUUGGUCAGGGGGUCCACCAUGCCGCUGGGCAGGCCGGGAAGGAGGCGGAGAAGUUUGGUCAGGGGGUCCACCAUGCCGCUGGGCAGGCCGGGAAGGAGGCGGAGAAGUUUGGUCAGGGGGUCCACCAUGCCGCUGGGCAGGCCGGGAAGGAGGCGGAGAAGUUUGGUCAGGGGGUCCACCAUGCCGCUGGGCAGGCCGGGAAGGAGGCGGAGAAGUUUGGUCAGGGGGUCCACCAUGCCGCUGGGCAGGCCGGGAAGGAGGCGGAGAAGUUUGGUCAGGGGGUCCACCAUGCCGCUGGGCAGGCCGGGAAGGAGGCGGAGAAGUUUGGUCAGGGGGUCCACCAUGCCGCUGGGCAGGCCGGGAAGGAGGGAGACAAAAUAGUUCAAGGGGCCCAUCAUGGAAUUAAUCAGGCUGGGAAGGAGGUGGAGCGAUUUGGCCAGGAUGUUCAUUAUGCCGCUGGGCGGACUGGAACAGAGGGAGAAAAAAUAGUCCCAGGGGUCCAUCCUGGGGUCAACCAGGCUGGGAAGGAGGUGGAGCGGUUUGGCCAGGGGGUUCACCAUGCCGUUGAACAGGCUGGAAAGGAGGCAGGCAAAGUGGUCCAAGGGAUCCAUGAUGGGGUCAACCAGGCCGGAAAGGAGGCAGAGAAAUUUGGCCAUGGGGUCAACCAUGCUGCUGGCCAGGCUGGAAAGGAAGCGGAGAAACUUGGCCAAGGUGUCCACCAAGCUGCCGGCCAGGCCGGGAAGGAGGAGGACAGGUUGCAGCAGAAUGUUCAUAAUGGGGUCAACCAAGCCGGCAAGGAGGCCAACCAGCUGCUGAAUGGCGGUCAUCAAGGCGGAUCCACCGGCCAGCACGGAGGGGCCACAACCACAAACUUAACAUCUGGAGCUUCGGUCAACAAGCCCUUCAUCGACCUUCCAGCUCUGUGGAAGAGCGUCGCCAACAUCAUUCCCUAAACUGAUGAACUGGUCUUGGUGAACAGACUGACAUGCCUGUUGUCAUACCGGCUGAAAUGACCUGAAGGAGCUGGGGGUGGGGAAUAGAUUUUUGGAGUCAUUUAAGCGAGAUGUCCUGAGAUUUGUGAAUAAAUACAACACAUAUUGUA